AGUUCAGUUUUAAGUUUUGCUUUAGUUGCGCACUAGCCACUGCGGCCUAAACUUCAGUUGAUGCUAGAUUACUUGAGCAUGUAGUAUGUAUAUCCUAGAAAAUUAGUAUAUAGUAUAUCCCUAUCUCAUAGGUAGCUAUCAUCUUUACCUUUCUCUUCUUCUAUUCUAUGACAAGUAUUUGUGACUCAUACUCACAAGCUCUAGAAUACCCUUCACUUUUGUAGUAUUUGUCAAAAUUUCAGUGCUUAACAAGAUUGGUUUUCUCUACCAGACCUACUGUUUUCUUCCUUGGGAUGUAAAGUACUGUUCUUUUGAACUCCCCGUUUUUUUUUUUCUCUGUUAUGCUUUCUUGCCUCCUUUGAUUUGGUAUAUUUUUAGCUUCUCCUACAAAUGAUCUUUCUUAAUUUAAAUUUUGAACCCCUCUUUUGAAACCCUUUUUCUUUUUCUUCUAAAGCACAGUUUUCCAACUCUUUUAGAUUCUUGAAUUCAAAGGCUUUGACACUUUCUUUGAGUUUUUGAACUAGUUGGUCACAUGAGGGGUGUAGAAACAGAUAAAAGUUCUCUUCUUUCUUGUUGUUAGUAAGUUUUAAGCCUCUUGAUAUUUCAAUUCUUGAAGACCCUUUUGGAUUCUUGGGCUAGUUGUGGGUAAAAGUUCAAAACAGAUAAAGUUCUCUUCUUUCUUGUUGUUAGUAAGUCUUGACCCUCUUGAAGUUCCCAUUUUUGGUGACCCUUUUGGAUUCUUGGGCUAGUUUGUGUGUAAAAAGUUCUCUUCUUUGUUGUUAUUAGCAUGUCUUAAGCCUUUUGAGAUUCCAAAUCAUGGAGGUCCUUGUAGAUUCUUGAGCUAGUUUGUGAGUAAAAGUUCUCUUCUUUCUUGUUGUUAGCAAGUUUUAAGCCUCUUGAAGUUUAGAUUCCUGAAGACCCUUUUAGAUUCUUGAGCUAGUUAGGGAGUAAACAAGUUCAAAAACAUAGAUAAAGUUGAUCAUGGUGUUUUUGGAAUGAAACAAAUUCAAUUUUGAUAUUUGUUUUCUUGUUUUCAACAAGUUGUUGAUUCUUGUCUAAGAGGCCUUUGUGGUGUAAAAAGGAGAUGGGAAUUUUGGGGGUGAAAUAUGGUUUAUAUAUUUCAAUGAUUUUGGGGUUGAUGGUACUAGGUAAAGUGUAUGGAAUAGGAGCAAACUGGGGAACACAAGCAACACAUCCAUUGCCACCAAACAUAGUAGUGAAGUUGUUGAAAGACAAUGGGAUUCAGAAAGUGAAGCUGUUUGAUGCAGAUUCAGAAAUCUUGAAAGCACUCAGUGGCUCUGGAAUUGAAGUCAUGGUUGGAAUCCCAAAUGAAAUGCUUUGGAUUUUAGCUAAUAGCAUGGAUGCUGCUGAGAAAUGGGUAGAAAAGAAUGUUUCUUCACACGUCUCUUCCAAUAGUGUUGACAUCAAAUACGUUGCAGUUGGAAAUGAACCAUUUCUAGCUCAGUUAAAUGGGACGUUUCUGUCAACAACAUUCCCGGCUCUUCAAAACAUCCAGGCAGCCCUUAUAAAAGCUGGUCUUGGUAAUAGGGUGAAAGUCACUAUUCCUCUCAAUGCCGAUGUAUACCAGAGUUCAAAUGAAAAACCGUCAACAGGUGACUUCCGCCAAGACAUUCAUGAUCUCAUGGUGAACAUUGUCAAGUUCUUGAAUGACAAUGGAGGCGCAUUUACUGUCAAUAUCUAUCCCUUUAUAAGUCUCUACAAUGACCCCAACUUCCCUGCUGACUAUGCUUUCUUUGAUGGAUAUUCAAGCCCCAUCGAUGACAAUGGGAAAAUCUACAACAAUGUGUUUGAUGCAAAUCACGAUACCCUUCUUUGGGCAUUGCAGAAAAAUGGAUUCCCAAACAUGUCGAUUAUGAUAGGGGAAAUUGGAUGGCCAACAGAUGGAGACACUAAUGCAAACUUGAAGGCUGCCCAGAAAUUCAACCAAGGAUUCAUGACUCACAUUUCAGGUGGAAAGGGGACUCCAAUGAGACCUGGCCCUAUAGAUGCUUACCUGUUCAGUCUGAUUGAUGAGGACGCGAAAAGUAUUCAGCCCGGUAACUUUGAGCGCCAUUGGGGAAUAUAUUACUUCGAUGGUACCCCUAAAUACAAUCUUUCCUUGGGUACAAACAAUGGAGGUGGUUUAGUACCAGCAACUGGAGUUCGUUACCUGGCUCGCCAGUGGUGUGUGUUGUCACCCUCUGCUAGCCUUGAUAAUCCUCAGCUAGCUGAUAGUGUGGGAUAUGCAUGUUCACAUGCUGAUUGCACCAGCCUCGGGCAUGGGACGUCGUGCUCGGAUCUGGAUUCUCGUGGCAACGUUUCAUAUGCAUUCAACAGUUACUAUCAGGAAAACGACCAGCAAUCUAGUGCCUGCAAGUUUCCAAACCUUUCCAUGAUCACAAACACGGAUCCGUCACCACCGGGUGGAACCUGUAAAUUCAAAAUCAUGAUCCAAGCAAGUGGUCCUAACAGCCAUAAGAGCAAUGCAUUUACAACUAAGCCUGUCAAUGUGAUGUUUCUGGUUAUAAUUUCUUUGUUGAGUGUUUUGUAGAACUUCUUGAGUUAUAUUUAUAUAUAUAUAUAUAUUCCAGUCACUUCUGUUGAAA